AUGUUUGGCCCAUUGAGUAUUUCAGUAACUGCUUCUUCUAAGAAGUCCGGCAGUAAUACUGCUGCUUCUACUCCUGAACAAGGUCCAACCUCAACUAACCGUGUACCUAUUUCGCCCUCUGAUUAUCUUCCCGAGGCAUACAUAACAGGAGUAAAGAUACUCGGUCCGGAUGCUAACGAUGACACUGAGAUCGCCUCUCACUUUUCUUCGAUGCUCCGGAGCAGUUCGAGUCCACAGCUCUCCCCGAGGAUCUCUGCAGGUGACAUCAGCGCUGGUCGCGGCCGACAGCUGCUCUUCUUCAUUGACUGGGAUGAUACUAUCCUCCCUACGACUUGGCUUCGUGGAUGUAAGUACUUGACCAACUCUAUCGCUCAAAUGGAGCAAAUUGUCGCUAGACAAGGGGGAAGUGUUAAGUUGCCAAGUUCGGUCCGCAGAGAUCUAUCUGUCAUCGAAGAUUACGCUCUUGAUCUGCUCCAGAAAUGCUGUGACUUGGGUUCUACAGCCAUUGUUACCAAUUCAUCAGCAAAUUGGAUACCAUUUACGGCCAAGCACUACCUGCCACGUCUCAUACCUGUUCUAGAAGCGAUUCCAUGUGUAUCUGCAAGGCCACAGCUGCCUGAUAACCUAUCAGCCCAGAAAGCUACUUGUAUGGCCAGCUCGUGGAAGACUAUCAAAUUCCAAGAGAUGGCGUGUGCUUAUAAUACGGACUUUGACUGUAUUGUAUCUAUAGGGGAUGGAUUCGCUGAGCGAACUGCCGUCAUGGAACUCCGCGACAUCUUCCCAAAGUGUACAUGUAAAGCAGUACGUUUCAUGACUCAGCCGAACAUUUAUAUGUUGAGGGAUGAGAUUCGUCAAACCCUUGCCAACUUGGAUGAGAUAGCUGAUGUGGAAUCACCUGAUUCUGACCUAGCCAGUAUAAGUAAGACUCCUCGAGGGUUUGACGUCCAUUUACUACAUGAUGGUAGGACUAGACAUCAGAGGGUACCAUGGCACCAGGCUGUGGAGUACACCGGUGGUCCUGUCUACCCCUUCCAGAGUGCCUAA